UCCACGGGCUUGGCUUGUCAAGAUCACACUGCUUUCAGUUGACAUAACAGAAGCCACGCUCAGUGUUCUGUUUUAUGGAAUCUCAUAAUAGCGUGUAUAACCUGGAGUCACACCUUGUUUGAGUGUUCGCGCUGUUUGUGUGUAAGUGCUUUUUAAAGACUGGGUGGGGAGGGAGCUCCUUGCUGAAGGAGUGUAAGCGCAGCGCGGGCGCGCGCAGGUCCUGGGAAUUUGACUUACUUCCAGAGAAACGGGAGCAGGGUGACUUCCAGCCCCGGCUGCAGCUUGUCCACUCUGGUUCUGGGUUCACACUCGGCUGUGCUCCUCUACUGUUUAAAUAGCGUCCCUUAGUGGGGAGAGAAGAAGGAGACAAUAUUUUAGCCAAAAUGUGUGAUUUUAAAAAUCCCUGUCCCUGUCGGGCUGAUGGUGUAAAAAGCAGAGGGACCCUGGGAAUGUAGCUUGGAGUUAAAGACUGUUUACCUUUUGGGUGGGAGGGCCUGGGUUCAAAUUCCAAUCCUGACAAAAUUAAAAAGGGGGUGUGGGCAAUGAUGCUAACAUGAAGCUGAAAGCAAAAUUAACCCAAUUGUAAUUUAUAGACAGUAACAGAAUGUGUAAGUAUAUACAAAUAAUAACAGAAUAGAUAAGUCCACAGUUCCUGCCACUCCGUGCCCCUUUGCACCCCCAUCCUCAGUGAUGGGAUGGGUAGGCCCUGCAGGCUCCCUGUGACAGCUGGGACAUGUGUGUCUGGUUCCAGCCCCCUGUUCUGGUCAGGGGAUCUGUCUCUGUCUUGCUGUUUGCCCUUUUCUCUUUUCCAGAUGAUUGGUGAUCAAUCUAUCCAACUGCCGGUACGACAGUGUGCGCAGGGCUGCCCAGCAGUAUGGCCUUCGAGAGGCCGGUGACAGUGAGGACUGGACUCUCUACUGGACCGACUACUCGGUGUCGCUCGAGCGCGUGAUGGAAAUGAAGAGUUACCAGAAAAUCAAUCAUUUUCCUGGCAUGAGUGAGAUCUGUCGCAAGGACUUGCUGGCCCGGAAUAUGAGUCGUAUGCUAAAGCUCUUUCCUAAGGACUUCCACUUCUUCCCUAGGACCUGGUGUCUUCCUGCCGACUGGGGAGAUUUGCAGACUUACAGCAGGUCAAGAAAAAAUAAGACAUACAUUUGCAAACCGGACUCGGGCUGCCAAGGGAGAGGCAUAUUCAUCACCCGGACGGUGAAAGAGAUCAAGCCCGGGGAGGAUAUGAUCUGUCAGCUUUAUAUUUCAAAGCCCUUCAUCAUUGACGGGUUCAAGUUUGACUUGCGGAUCUACGUGCUGGUGACCUCCUGUGACCCUCUCAGGGUUUUUGUGUACAAUGAAGGACUGGCUCGCUUUGCCACCACCUCUUACUCCCACCCCAGCACAGACAACCUGGAUGAGAUUUGCAUGCACCUGACGAACUAUUCCAUCAACAAGCACAGUUCCAACUUCGUUCAAGACGCUCAUUCUGGCAGCAAGAGGAAACUCUCCACCUUCAACUUGUACAUGAAGACCCACGGCUAUGACGUCGAGCAGAUAUGGAGGGCCAUUGAGGAUGUCAUCAUCAAAACACUCAUCUCGGCUUACCCCGUCAUCAAGCACAACUACCACACCUGCUUCCCUAGCCACACGCUCAACAGUGCCUGCUUCGAAAUCCUGGGCUUUGACAUCUUGCUGGACCGCAAACUCAAACCCUGGCUGCUGGAGGUCAACCAUUCUCCAAGCUUCUCCACUGACUCCAAGCUGGAUAAAGAGGUGAAAGACAGUCUCCUCUAUGACGCUUUGGUCCUCAUCAACCUGGGGAACUGUGACAAAAAGAAAGUCUUGGAGGAAGAGAGACAGCGGGGACGGUUCCUGCAGCAGUGCCCGUCUCGGGAGAUCAGGAUGGAAGAGGUCAAGGGUUUCCAGGCAGUGCGGUUACAGAAAACCGAGGAAUACGAAAAGAAAAACUGUGGCGGGUUCCGGCUCAUCUACCCGAGUGUGAAUUUAGAGAAGUACGAGAAGUUCUUCCAGGACAAUAGCUCCCUCUUCCAGAAUACUGUUGCUUCCCGAGCCCGAGAGCUGUAUGCCCGGCAGCUGAUCCAGGAGCUGAGGCAGAAACAGGAAAAAAAAUCAUUCCUAAAGAAAGAAAAGAAGACAGAGAUGCCGGGCGAGUCUGUGGGUGAGCAGGCAAGAGACAGGAUCCUGAAAACCGGGCAACAGAGACAGCAGCAGAAGUGCAAGACAGCCAUCCCUCCCCCCAAACAAAGCUACCACCCAGUGGCUUUAGUAUCCUGCACACCUGGCCUGUUCUUGAACAUCAGAGGCAUAAGGAACACUGAAACUGCCGGUAGCCUCCACCAGAAGGACUCCAAGAAGGAGGCCACCCUCGCUCCCUGCAAGCCCAUGUCUGCGAGGCACUACAGUUCUGUCCCUGACCUGAGGAGUUCAAAUCCCAGCAGCUCUGGGACAGAGCUCCGUAAAUGCAAUUCCACAAUCAAGGAAGUGAAGUCGGCCCAUUCAGUGAAUGUAGUCAGCAAUGGCCUGCCCUUAACACCUGUAGAAACUUCCCCAGAACCCACAGCCCAGCUAUCAACCUCUCUGGAAUCCCUGGCCAGCCUGAGCCUGACCUCCAGCCCUGAGUGCAGCAGUUCGGAGAGUGUCCAAACGGUCUCCUGGAAGGGCAAGCAGCGGAGGGCCCCCCAGAAGCUGGUCCAGGAGAAAAAAUCCAAACCUCCCGUGUCUUCCAAACCCAGGAGUUUGGACGUGAGUUUGACCCUGAUCAAGAAUGAAGUGAGGCGGCAGCACCUGAUGUCGGAGAUUCUGCAGAAGGUUCAGAUGAAGAAGAAGCGCUCCUUGUUCCCGGCCCCCAAAUCACGGUUCUCACAGCCAUGCCAAAUCUCUGAAUGACCUUCUGGUAGUUGCCACUCAGGCCCGGCUGGACCCUCGGCCUAGCAGAAGCCAUUCAGGUACGACAAGGGACCCAGGUACGACAAGGGACCCGCGCACACAGGACCCUCAGCACACUGCCACUGCCUGACUCUGGUCAGAAAGAUGUGAGAGCUCAGGUAGGUGCCUCCCCUUCUUCCCUGGAUAGGUUGGCGCGCUGUCCGCUCUUCUCUUGAUCUUUCUGGAGUGUUGAGUAUGUAGGAGGGCGGAUAGAUUGAUGGAGACCUAUAGUUAAGUCAACAGCUGAGAUUCUCCUCAAAAGAUGACCCUGGCUUGGCCUAUUUCUGUAGUGCUGACCGCCCCCACCACGAAGUGCACUUUAGAUCGCUGUUGUCAGAUAAGGCUGGCUCCGUAAUGAGAAGGGAAGGGACAGAAUGACAGGGUCAGGGAGACUGUAAGGAGCGCUCUUUCAAAGCCUAGGUGUCUCUGAAGGAACGUCAUAUACAAAAAUCCAUGAGAAGAGGCUAGCGCUGCUCAGUCACCCUCAUUCCUGCCAUAGAAACGAGAUUGUUACCAGAUAUGCCGCCCUGACCCCCUGGGCGUCGCCUGGGUGUUGUGAAAACACAUGUUCUAGAGCCAGUGAGCUGGCUCAGCCCAUAAAGCAUCUGCUGCCAAGUCUGAGGCCCGAGUUCGAUCGCUGGUACUCACAUAGCGGAAGGCGAGCACUGGUUCCUGCCAGUUAUCCUCUGCCCUCCACAAAUGUGACCCCCACAGUGAUGUAAUGAAAUUUUUAGUGCAUAUUCAGCUCAGAUAGCGUGGUGCUGAGGCAUGGGGAGCAGCAGCUCUAUGAGCAAGCAAGGGAUAGACGCCACAAGACCCGGUAAAAGGAAUUUUAAAACGCAGCAAGGGAACCAGGAGUUGAGUAUAUAGGCUUGUAAUCCCAGCACUUGGAAAGCAAAAGGCAGGAGGAUCACCACAAGUUCAAAGCCAACUUGGUUUACAGAACAAAUUUCAGACCAGCCAGGGCUACAGAGUGAGACCCUGAUUCAAAGAAAAACAGGCCUGGUGGUUCACAGCUGUGAUUCACACUACAGGGAAGCAUCGAAGAUGGGGAGUAAAAGAAAUCCAAGGAUGGGGGCUGGAGAGAUGGCUCAGAGGUUAAGAGCACUGACUGCUCUUCUGUGGGGGUCCUGAGUUCAAUUCCCAGCAACCACAUGGUGGCUCACAACCAUCUAUAAUGAGACCUGGUGCCCUCUUCUGGUGAGCAGGGAUACACAUAUACAUAAUAAAUUUAAAAACUGAAUGAAUAAAUAAAUCUUUAAAAUAAUCUUCUAGUCUUUAUUUUUAUUUUAUGUGUGGGUGUGUUUAGCCUGCAUAUAUGUCUAUACACCAUGUUCAUGCAGUACCCUUGAGUCACUGUGUGGGUGCUGGGAACUGAACUCGGGUCUGCAGAAAGAGUAGCCAGGGCUCUUAACUGGUGAACCAUCUCUUGCGGUCCCUUUUAUUAAUUUUAAUUAUGUGUACGUAUCAGCAUGCGGAUUUGUACAUGUAAGUACUUGUGCCCAGAAUGGCCAGGGGCAUUGCAUCCCCUGGGUUGGAGCUAAAGGUGGUUGUAAGCUGUGUGGGUACUGGAAACCAAGCUUCACUCCUCUGGGAAAGCAAUGAGUGCUCUUAACCACUAAGUUAUCUUUCUAGCCAAAGAAAAGUUUUAUUUAAUAAGUCUGUCAAUAUGAAUUAAUAGGGGUUGGAGAUGUAGCUCUGAUGUAGAAUACUUGCCUAGAAUGCACAAGGACUCAAGUUCUGUCCCCAGUGCCACAGAAAACAAUAACGACAAAAACAAUAGUAAAAAUCAGAACACACACACACAUAGAGAGAAAGAGAGGGUUGUAUAGGAACAGCCUGAAGGGUCAGUGUGGUGUGGUGUGGUGUGGUGUGGUGUGGAGAGGCUGGGGCAGACAGAUUAUCUCCAUCCCCGGUUUAAGCCGGUCUAGGAUACAGAGUGAAGCUUUUUCUCAAACAAACAAAACAAUUAAGAACAAUACAAGCAAAAUCAUGGAGAGAGGGUGUGGCAGAGUACUUCCUGCACUGACUGUCGGAUAGAACUGAACCCACAGAAAAGGCUAAACAUAGCUUUGCUCUUUCUUCCCCUAACCAGACUGUUGAUCCUCUCUGAGCACAAACUGUCUCCACAUUUGACCAGAGUGGUCCUUCCGUCAGCUCUUCUUUCUGCCUAUCUAAAGAUUUUAUUCUGAUUCUCUUUAAAGAUUUAUGUAUUUAAGCCAGAUGUGGUGGUGUGCUCCUUUAAUCCCAGCACUCGGAAAGGCGGAGGCCAGUGGAUAGCUGUGAAUUCCAGGCUAGCUAGGACUAUGUAAAGAUUUACGUAUUCUUUUAAUGUGUAUGAGUGUUUUGCCUGCAUUUAUGUUAUGUGUACCAUGUGGAUGUCUGGUACUCGUGGAGGCCAGAAGAGGGCAUCAGAUCCCCUGGAACUGGAGUUACAGAUGGUUGUGAGCUGCCCUGAGGAUGCUGGGAAUGGAACAAGAACAAGAGAGGUGGGGCUGGAGAGAUGGCUCAGUGGUUAAGAGCAUUGCCUGCUCUUUCA